AUGAGCGAUAACACCCAGGACGAAGAGGUGCUGAAGCAGAUUGAGAGGGAGGUGAGGAUGCGGGAGGGUGCCAGUAAACUACUGGCAGCUUGUUCCAGGAGAGAGCAGGCCCUGGAGGCCUCCAAGAGCCUGCUGACCUGCAAUGCCCGAAUUCUGGCCUUGCUCAGCCAACUACAGAAGAUGAGGAAAGCUCAAAUCCUACAGAGAGUGGGACACAGGCCAUCUGAAGAUGCUGUGCCAUGUAUGGGAAAAGUAUCUCUUUCAGACCUGCGUAUCCCACUGAUGUGGAAAGACUCAGAGUACUUCAAAAACAAAGGAGAGCUACAGCGCUGUGCUGUGUUCUGCCUGCUUCAGUGUGGCACACAGAUCCAUGACACUGACCUGGUGAUGGUAGACAGGACUUUAACUGACAUCUGUUUUGAAGACACUAUCAUAUUCAAGGAGGCGGCUCCAGGGUUUCAGCUUCGCGUUGAGCUGUACAGCAGUUGUGUGGUCGAGGAUUUCUCCCCGGGGGCUCUAGGACCCAGGAGAGCGAGUCGUCUGGGGGGCUCGGUGGGAUGCUCCUCUGGGAAAAAGAUCCGUGCUGCGUUUGAGUCUGCAGCUGUCUGUGGAUCCAGUGGAGGAAAUGUAGGAUCUGGGAGUGUGUCGCCGCCUUUAUCCCCUGACCUUUCUACACUGGGGCCUAAGUAUAACCUGUUGGCUCAUACUACACUGAGAAUCGAACACGUCCAGGAAGGUUUCAAGACCCAUGAUUUGUCACUAGCAGCAACAGAGGAUAAUCCGUUCUGGUUGCCUCUGUAUGGCAAUAUGUGCUGCCGCCUUGUUGCUCAGCCUCUGUGCAUGACUCACCCAAUCAUAAGUGGCCAACUCAAAGUGAAGCUUGGGAAGGACCUUAAUUGCUGGGAAAAUGCUUAUAGCGUCCUCAAGGGGCAAAGUCUUCUGUGCUAUCGGAGUCAAGAAGACCUGGAGUCUAAGGACACGCCAUUACUUGUAAUCCCCAUCAAAAAGGAUACCAUUGUCUGUGUGUGUGAGAGAGGGAGUAUACACCUCAGCACGCAGCAUCAAGGAGAAGAAAUUUCCUGCACGCUGACCACACACACACCUGAAGACACGCAGCGCUGGACUGAGGCCAUCUGGCAGCACAUCUAUGACAUGGGCCAAUGGAAACAGUGUUGUCAUCAACUCAUGAAGAUCGAAAUGCAUAGCUCCAGGAAAGCUAUUCCAGUGAGGCAGGGAUCACUAUACCAUGAAAUAGUAACACCCUCCGCUCCUGGAAAGGGUCAUGUGGUCCCAGAUUUAUCUGUUGAGAUCCGCGCUUUGCUCUCUUCUUACUACAAGGAAAGUUAUUGACGACCCUACCACCGUCGCACUGGAGGAGAGAGGAACUCUUUUAUUGAUGUGUGUGUGUGUGUGUGUGUGUGUGUUACCUUUAGAGGACAACUUACUGUUAAUAUCAGCUAUCUGUUCAUUCUUCUAUCUCAUCGCUCUGAAUCUGAACUGUUUACUCAACCAGAAAAAGUAAAAAAGUAGUGAAAAGUGUGUCUGAAAUGCCCAAAACUGACUUUAAAUUAAAUGUAUCAUUCAAAGUAUAAUUUACCAAUUUUCCGUCAGUUUUGAUUUUUCUUUCCUAAUUUCUUGCAAAUAUAUUGAUGCAAUGACUUACAAUUUUCUUUUAAAUAAAAAUAUAUAUUUUUAAUUAAACGUUUUUAGAUAAUGAAUCAAAUAACACUCCAGUUGUAAAAGCAAUUUUUUCUAGAUAACCAUGUUUUACAGAAAUGACUUGCUACUUGCAUUUUGAGACAAUGAUUCUGCUGAUCACUUCCAGUAUGUUGAUGUUUUGAACUGCAUUGACACAUCGGAGAUUAAAAUGUUGCUCAUUUGAGUCUCAAGUGUAUGAUA